AUGUCCCGUCACGAUAACAAAGAAAGGAGCAAACUCAGGUUGUUUGCUCUGCGAUGCCUUGACCACAGCAAUAUCACCAUCAUAGGCGCGACAGCCGCCUUCCUGCUCUAUACUCGCUCUGCAGGAGUGGCUUACUUUGCCGCCGGCGCGGUUUCAUGCUCGCUCUCGGUCAAGGUCGUGAAGCGGCUCAUCCGACAAGAACGCCCCGAUCCCAUCUACCGUAAGGUCAAAAAGAAAUCUUAUGGCAUGCCGAGUACGCAUUCUGCGUCCAUCACAUACUUCGCGACAUACAUUCCGCUGGCUUGCGCAUACCUGCCUCUGCACCCAUCUUUAUCGCCCAGUCCAUACACACGAGCAUUGCCGCCAAUCCUCAUUGUACCGUGUGCAUCACUCAUCGCUAUCUCGCGUAUGUGGCUUGGGCAUCACACUUGGCCCCAAGUCGCAGUUGGUUGCGCGUACGGUGUAGGAUGGGCGUGCUUGAUAUUUAAGCUCUGGACCGGGGGAGUGAACGAGUACGGGGCGCUUGUAGAGGACUUUGUUCACCAGGCUGUAGGCCUAUAG